GGACCGAGAUAUCGCUAUCAGAUAACGGGGCCGCUCGUAUCACUGUGCGUUGUAUCGCGCAGUCAGCGAUAGGGAGCACGGGGCAGCUGCUGUGCUAGUGAACAACAAUUAUUGUAGAACGUACGCCGCGGUUGUCGUGAUUCUUGUGAAAUCGCACGCCACGACCGGGCCCGGUGUACCCGAGUGGUGUCCGUCUACGGUCAUAUUGUUCCGCCGCACCCGCUCGUGGAAGGGAUACGCACGCGAAAAACCGUCGUCGAGUCGCAGUGACGGACGCGGCGCACCGACGACGAUCAUGGCAGCCGCGCGCCGACCGGGCGCCAAACGACCAUAACGCGGUGGUUCGUUGCGGCUAUCCGACACGACAUGGACAUCGAUCCGAUUAUAGUGUCCACCAGCUUGGAAGCUCUGAUCGAAAGAGCAACUAAAAACAGCAAUGAAAAAAUUGAUAGUGCUGCAAUGAUUGCUUUUAGUGGAUUUGUACAAAGAGAUCCAGAAUGUGCUCCAUUGGCUGCUAAAUGUAUUUUGGCCAAAAUUCAUUCCAUGCAAGAAUGGGAAGCUUUACAAGCCCUUCAUUUAUUAGACAUUUGUAUGCAAACUGGUAGUGCCAGUUUUCAAGCUGAAGUUGGCAAAUUCCGUUUCCUUAAUGAACUUAUUCAAUUGGUAUCUCCCAACUUCAAUGGAAUACAUACACCAGAUUUAAUUAAAAGCAAAAUAAUAGAACUCCUUGGGUUAUGGUCAUCACAAUUUCCCAAGGAAAUCAAGAUACAUGAUGCUUUAGAUAUGUUAAAAAAACAAGGUGUAGUUAAGGACUUAUUAUUUGAAAAUUUACCGUCAUCAAGAACUUCUGUUCCAAAAAUUGAACCAAAUAAAGUAUCAAUAUUGAAUGGAGAAAAAUCAUUAUUGUUGCAAAAGUUGCUUAAAAGUAAAAAAUCAGAAGAUCUUAAAGCUGCAAAUGAAUUAAUUAAAUCCAUGGUUCAAGAAGAAGAGCUGAAAAAUGAAAGAAUGAGCAAUAUGUUAGCUGAUAUUGAAGUAAUAUCUAAUAAUGUAAAAUUGCUCUCAGAAAUGCUCAAAUCAUACUGUGAUGGUACUGGUUCUUCUAAUGAUUUAGAACUUAUUAGAGAGUUGUAUAAUACUGUUAAAAGGUUGGAACCAAAAAUCCAAACAAUGUUAACCCAAGAAAUUCCGGAAGACGAAGAUACUGUUCGAAAAAUAAUAAAACUUAAUUUUGAAGUAAAUGAAACAUUAAAAACUUAUAAUCAAGUUUUACAAAGUCCGGUUAAUUUAAAACCCAAAGAACGAAGAAAUGAAGAAAACUUAUUAGAUCUUAAUAUAUCAAUAUUGCCUGAAAACAAAGAUUUUUUAAGUGAAUCUAAUUGUGAAAAAAAUAGCUUAUCAAACAAUGGUUUAGAGAAUGUUAAGGAGUUAGAUGACUUUUUGCAAAUGCCAAGUCCGUUAAAAACUUUUAUUCCUACUUUGCCUGAAAAUAUGAAGUUGCCAGAAAAACAUGUAGACAUUAAAGAAGGUAUAUUUAAUGUAGACUUAUUCGAAGAGUUAAAUAUUCUUGGAAGAGAUAUUCUAAAUAAACCAAAUGAAACCAAAAAUAAUGAAAAAAUAUUAAAUUUGACAGAUACAAGAUUUAAAACUGAUAGUAUUGAAGAAAAUAAUUUAUCAGAAAAAAUAAUGUUAAUUUCAGAAGAUUCAAAAACAUUAUUACCAUCAACAAAUUAUAAUUCUCAGUUAAAACCUCUUGGUGAUAUAAAUAUCAAACUUGAAGACAUUAUUCCUGAUCCUGAUUCAAACAUUGUCAGUUUAUUUGAUAAGAAUAAUAUUAGUACAGAAUUACAUUUAGCAGCAAAUAAACCAAGGAAUGAUGUUACAGUUUUUGUUGUGACAACUAGAAGUAAAUGUAAACAGCCAUUAUUUGAUUUUUCAUUCCAACCAGUAGUACCAAAAGAGUGUAGAAUACGUAUUUUACCACAAUCAAGAAAUUAUCUUCCUAUUUAUAAUGCAUUUUUACCACAAGAAACAAUAGUACAAAUUAUACUAGUAGCAUCUCUUAAUAAGGCACAUAUAUCUUUAAAAUAUGUUAUAAGUUAUACUAUUGAUGGUGAAAUGUUUACUGAAUUUGGAGAAACUGGACCAAUCGUUCAACAUUAAACAAUAGGCUGUUAUAUGAUCUCAAUACAUUCUUCUUAAAAAUGGAGUACUCAUUAUGUGAAUACAAUUUAAUAUUUAUAAUCAAAACAUUAACUUUAUCAAUAUUACCCAUAUUUAACAUUGUAUUAGAGUAUAAACAUUGUACAAGUAUUCAGACACAGUUUUAAGUAAACUAUACAAAUGUUUUGAUAGAAUUAAAAUAUAAAUACAAUUUAGGUUCAUUAUGUUAU